AUGCCCGGCCGUCAAGCCCACGGCAGGUCCCUAAUGCCCAAAGCGGGCGGAGGGCGUCCCAAGCACAGAGUCAACAAUAAGGCUGCCGACAAGAAAUCAAGAGACACCGUCCUCGACGCCUUCUCCAUCGCCGCCGAACAAGUUCCCCAGAGGAAAGCCAAGGGCGUCCGCACACGAGACCUCGAUGAGCCCGAAGAGCGCCCCCAAAAGAGAUCGCGAGACGACGACGAUGAGGAUGACGAAGACGACGACGAGGAUGAUUUCGAGGACGCCAGGCCACAGAAGAAGGCCAAGAACAGCAACGAAUUCGAAGGCUUCUCCGACGGUGGCGAGGAGGACAGCGACGGCGAGGAGUGGCAUGUUGGUGUAGGCGCUGAUGACGAGGAUUCGGAACUCGACUCUGACGAGGCCUUUGGCGAGAGUGACGAGGAAAAAUUUGAUGGCUACGCCUUCAGCGGGAGCAACGCGAAGAAGAACAAGAAGAAGGCAAAGAAGGGUGGGGACGACAGCGAUGAGGAAGAGGAGGAGGAAGAUGAGGACGAUGAUAUGGAGUCGCUUGGUUCCGACGCUAUUGACCUCGCCACAGCGCUGGAUCAGUUCGAGGAGAGCGACGAAGAGGAGGAGGGCGAAGAGGGAUCGGGAUCCGAAGACGAUGCGGACAGCGAAUCGAGCGAGAGCGAAGACAGCGAUGACGAUAUGGAGGACCCUUCCAAGCUCGACAACCUUCAAAAGAUGAUCUCCGGAUUUGCGGGUGAUGAUGACGAAGAGCAGUCGAGCUCAAACCCAACAAACAAGCUCAGUCUCUCAGAUCUCGGCCUCUUUGGCGUCCAGGACCCCCACAUGAAGAAGUCCCUCAAGCUCAUGAACAAGGAGGAAAAGGCCGCCAAGCCUGGCCAGUCCAAGAAGCUCGACAUCCCCCUCGCAAAGAGGCAACAAGACAAGCUCCUCCGUUCCGCUGCCUACGAAAAGACCUCCGAGACGCUCGAGCGCUGGAUCGACACCGUCAAGCACAACCGCCGCGCCGAUCACUUGGUCUUCCCCCUCACGCAAAAUGCCCACGACGCCGGCCUCGACAGCCAGGAACUCCUUCCUGUGACCAAGGCCACAGCGGGUACCGAACUCGAACAGACCAUCUUGGCCAUCAUGGAGGAAUCCGGUCUUGGCCCCACCAACAAGCCCAAGAAGGAGGACCAGGAUGACGUUGAGGAGAUCGCUGCCCGCAAGGGCCUCUCCGCCGCCGAGAUGCAGGAACUCACCCGCCAAAAGCGCCGUGAGCGUGAGCUGUUCUCGCGCGAACAGGUCCGCCAGAAGCGCAUCAAAAAAAUCAAGUCCAAGGCUUACCGUCGCAUUCACCGCAAGGAGUUGCUUCACGACGAGCAGGAGAUGCACGACGCCAUGGUCGAGGCGGGCGAGAUCGACUCGGACGAGGAGCGCGAGGCUCUCGACAGGAGGCGAGCCCUCGAGCGUGUUGGCACUCGUCACAGGGACAGCAAGUGGGCUAAACUCGGCAAGAAGGCCGGUCGCGCGGUGUGGGAUGAUAACUUCCGCGCUGGGUUGACAGAGGCCGCGAGGUCGAAGGAGGAGUUGCGCCGCCGGAUCGAGGGACGCAAGAAGGGCGAGGAUUCUGACGACAGUGGUUCUGAUGACUACUCGGCUGAGUCGGGUGAUGAGAAGAACGACAAGAAGCGGUUGCUGGAACAGCUCGAGCACGCUGCUUCCUACGCGGACGGUGAGCCCGAGUCGGGGCUCAUGGGGAUGAAGUUCAUGCAGCGCGGCGAAGCCCAGAAGAGGAAAGAGAACGAGGAGAUGAUUGCACAAAUCCGUCGCGAUCUCGACUCCGACUAUGACUCUGACGGUCCCGAGGAGACGGAUAUUGGCCGGAGGCAGUUCGGUAUGGGUAAGAAGGAGCUUGUACUUCCUGGCCAGCAAGCUGCUCAGAAGAAGAAGGAGAAGAAGAGCAUCACAACAAACAUGUCCAACCUCCAAGUAACGCCACAACAAGCGGCCACUACCCAAGUGGAGGACACAUCCCUCGCUGCCUCCGUCGCCGGUGCCUGGUCAAAGGCUCCUCAGGAGGGUCGCAAGAGCAGCAAGAAGGCCGCCAAGGCCACCGUUGGCGAGUUGGACCUUUCCAACGCCGCCAUGCUUGCUUCUAAGCCCAAGGCCAAAGACGCCGCCGGCAGAGAGAAGAAGUCAUCAUCUACUCCCGCCAAGGGCGCCGCUGCUACCAAGACCGCCACAGUCGACGACUCCUCUUCAGACGACGAAGAAACCAUCCACCUCCCCCUCGCCAUCCGCGACCAAGAGCUCAUCAAGCGCGCUUUCGCAGGCGAGGACGUCGUAGGCGACUUCAACCGCGAAAAGGCCGAAGUAGAGAAGGAGGAUGACGACAAGGAGAUCGACAACACGCUUCCCGGCUGGGGCGGCUGGGUCGGUGAAGGUAUUUCCAACCGCGAGAAGAAGAGGCAUACGGGGAGAUAUGUUACCAAGGUGGAGGGUGUCAAGAAAGAGAAGAGAAGGGAUUUCAAGCUCAAGGGGGUGAUUAUUAAGGAGGGCAGAGUCAAGAAGAACGACCAAUACCUCGCCACCGCCCUUCCCCAUCCCUUCGAGAGCCAAGCGCAAUACGAGCGCUCGCUCCGUAUCCCCGUUGGUCCCGAGUGGACUACCAAGGAGACCUUCCAGGACGCUACCAAGCCCAGAGUCAUUCUCAAGCAGGGCAUUGUUGCCCCGAUGUCGAAGCCUAUUCUCUGA